AUGGUCCAUGACAUGGUUACCAACUUCAUAGAACAGCCAAUAAGCAUCAUCCUCGCCGUUGUCUCCGCCAAGACUGACAUCUCCACUCAAGAGAUCCAAGAGGUGGUGAAGUUGGUCCGCAAUGCAGAUUUCGUUGGAAAGCGAACCGUGGGCGUCAUCACGAAGCCGGACACCGACGCGAGAUCACCGAAUCAAAGAAGUCCUCGAAAAAGGCUACGAGACAUGCAGAACUUCGUCGACGAAGUCGCUAGUCUUCCCGGGGAGAUCGAGUCUAUCUUGAGCGAACAUGGGGAUGGUGCAGAUGAGAUGGAUCAUAGGUCAUGA